CGACUAGACUUUGAGCAAAUCUAUUUAGACCGCUUCACAUCGACGGGAAGUCACCAUCGGUACUCAACGUAACAUUUUAUUUCAUUUCUACGACUAAGAAUUAUUAUUUGUCAAUAUGGCGAUGAUGAUGGCGCCCCCACCCAAGAGCCCCUUGGCUCGUUACCGUAUCCUCUCUCCCUCAGCCUCUGUCCGACUUAGUCCCUUAUGCCUUGGUGCUAUGAACUUCGGUGACGCCUGGAAGGAAUUUAUGGGUGCUUGCGAUCAGAAGAGUACGGAAGAUAUUCUGGACUUCUUCUAUGAGCAGGGUGGUAACUUCAUCGACACUGCCAACAAUUACCAAGCCCAGCAGUCGGAACAAUGGAUCGGCGAAUGGAUGAAGAAGCGCGGCAAUCGUGACCAGAUGGUCAUUGCUACCAAGUACAGCACCAGCUUCCGCCCCUACUAUGACGAGAUCACGAUCAACAACCAGGGAAAUGGCACUAAAAGCUUGCACGUAUCUAUUAAUUCUAGCUUGAGAAACCUACAGACAGACUACAUUGACCUGCUUUAUGUUCACUGGUGGGAUGGUGUCACCUCCAUUCCCGAGGUCAUGCAGGCCCUCAACCAGCUUGUGCUGGCCGGCAAGGUCUUGUACCUUGGGGUAAGCGACACUCCUGCCUGGGUUGUGAGCAAGGCCAACGAGUACGCUCGCAACCACGGCUUGCGUCAGUUUAGCGUGUACCAGGGUCGCUGGUCAGCCGCCCAGCGCGACUUUGAGCGCGAGAUCAUUCCCAUGGCGAAAGCCGAGGGUAUGGCUCUGGCUCCAUGGGGUGCGCUCGGUGGAGGAAAAUUCAAGACGGAUGAGCAGCGUCAAAACAGAACAAGCGGACGUUCCGCCGACGUCAGUGAGGAGGACAUAAAGAUCAGCAGAGCAUUAGAGGCCGUUGCCUUACGCAAGAACACCAUCAUUACGAGUGUGGCUCAAGCGUACGUCACCCACAAAGCGCCGUACGUGUUCCCCAUCAUCGGUGGACGAACCAAGGAGCAACUCAAGGCCAAUAUUGAGGCUCUUACCCUGAGCCUUGACGAAGAUGAUAUCAAAGAGAUCGAGAGCGCUCUCCCCUUCGACCCCGGCUUCCCUAGCUCCUUCCUGUUUGGUCCCUCCAUGCCCGAUCACCCAGGCAAGGUAUGGUUGUUGAACAUGGGAGGUACCACCGAUUACGUCGCUGAGCAGAAACCAAUCGCACCGAGGAAGACGGGAGAGUAGAGUACUCGCGGCUCCUUCGCUGAGACAUGGAAGUGGCUCACUCGAAGAUACUAUUGAGAUGAUAUCACCAAGCUCGGAAUAGAAGGCGGUGGAGGUAGCUGGCUGCCUAUGGAAGUGUCAAGGGAAAUUGAUGUUUAUGUUUCAAAUAAAGCUCGAAGAUGCUGCAUUGCGGACGAUUUGAUGAUGAAUUAAGCAUGUGGUAGUGAGUAUCUAUAUACUUCACCAAAAAUAACAAUAAAUAAAAAUGAAGGAAUAUCUAU